AUGCUGGUCCUCAGAACACUCCCCACGCCGGAUUCUGAUGUGUGGUACCUUGCUUACGGAUCGAAUCUGGAUCAUGACAAGUUCGUUGUGGACCGUGGAAUAGUUCCACUGUCCUCUGAGCUGGUGACGAUGCCGGGUUGGAGUCUAGAGAUGAACAGCGCAGGUUUCCCAUACUCGGAACCCUCAUUUGCCAGUGUCACGUACUGGGACUGGCCAUCCCGCCAAUCCCGCGAUACUCAAGUCAUUGGUACCGCGUACAAGCUCACACCCAAGAUGUACACAAAAGUGCUGGCCUCGGAGGGAGGGGGAAUUGCCUAUGCCGAAGUCGAAGCAAGAGUGCUUCGAGUCGCAAACAAGGCAAAAUCGGAGGUAGAAGAUGAGAAACAAGUUUUCACUGUUCGGACGCUUGUCACGGCUAUGAGGAGGGAGGCAAAACCCAGUCUCAGGUACAUGGAACUAAUCCGCAAUGGUGCAAGAGAAGCGCAUGUUCCUGGCGCAUAUCAAGACUUCCUUGAGGCGAUUCCGGUGUACAAGCCAUCAAAAUCAACAAGAGCAAGAUUAGGUGCUAAACUUUUUAGGCUGGUGUGGUCGCCUGUCUUCUCUGCGCUUGAGAAAAUCACCAAAGACAGUCUCGUUGAUAGCGAUUCUGGAGAUGCGCCUCCUUCAGUAGUAGCUUUGGUGAGAGGUGCAGUGUAUGUCAUGUGGUUUCAUCACGACUAUCUGCAUGCGCCUAUAUGGGGUAGAGGAGACGGGAUGUGA